AUGAGCAGAAUCAACACUGCAGCAUCUGGGACUCUACAUGACUCCUUCAUCUGUCUGGUCAACCAGAUCAUUGGCCAGGUCCUUGAUAAGGCAGCUAUUCAAAUUCUUCUAGAGGAGCUAAACCUCUCCAACACAGAUAACAUUUGUGGGGUUCCCUCCAUCUCCUCCAGAGAGCUGCCAGUGAGUUCUGUGGCCCCUCAGGAUGGCACACUGCAUGUCAGUGAUGAGGCGCUGACCACCUAGAACACUACGCUCCAUCAAGGGGAGUCCUUCUACAUCUGCAUUGCUUGCUGUUUGGGGUUUUAGGCUGGGUUUCUGUAUAGCACUUUGUGACAUCUGCUGAUGUAAAAAGGGCUUUAUAAAUAAAAUGUGAUUGAUUGAUUGAUUGACUGUAGCAGCCUGCAGCCUUCUCCAAGAGGACACAGAGGAAUCAGAGAAAUAACUGUCCUCCACCAGCCUCUCCACUGCUACAGGUGGAAUUGCAUUAUUCUUCCUGUUCCAAGGCAGAAAUUGUCCAUAAAAUACAUUUAAGAGAAUUAGAAAAGCACCUGCAUGUCAAGCUGGUGCUGGGGGUCAUGAAAAAGGUUGCCUACAACCCCCUGAAGUUUCACACCUUAAUUAUCAUCUGAAUUGUCAAAGACAUUUACAUUUUACAUUUACGUAAUUUAGCAGACGCAUAUAAAGUUGUAUUUAAUUUAGCAUAAAAAGCACAAAACAACUACACUCCCACGUGUGUAAUACAAUCAUAUUCGAAUCUCUGGCUAUAGGCUAGAACAGGCUAUAGAAAAUAUGUCACUAUGAGUAAAAUAUCGAAAUAUAUGGUGGUAAAAAAAAAAAUAUAUAUAUAUAUAUAUCUGUUGUAAUAUGUUUAUGAAAUAGAUAAAAAAUAAAAAUAAAUUACACUCAAAUACAAAUACUAAAAUACCAAUGUACUUGUCUAAAAUGUUGUCUAUCUCCAGACUUUUUUGCCUCUGCGGCUGAUGCCAUGAAGUGGAUUAUCUCAAUUUCAAACCAACAUCUUUGCGUUCAAACGCUUGUGACUAGCACUUCGAUUGGAUGAAAAACGAUAGCCAAUCGUAGCUCUGAAUGGAACGAGGGUGAUUUUGCAUUUCGAUGACAUUCAUGUUGUGCCUAGCGCGUACCUCAGUGGCCUAGCUAGCUAAGUCAGUGAUAAAACCGUCUAAAAUGAAUAUUAUCAGGUCGUCAUUUUCCAGGUUUCAUGGAGUGAUAUGCCCCACCAGGUAAUUAGCUACGAUCUUGAAAUUAAUAUGAAAAGUGUAUGUUUUAGAAGUCCUCAUGGCAUGAAAUGUUCAGGUUCCACGUAGGCUAGGUAGCUAGCUAGCUACACUUAGUUAGCUAACGUAAUCUGGCUAACUCUCUGGGAAUGAUGUUGUUGCCACCCUCCAUGUCUUACCACAUCAAAUGUGUUGCUUACAUGCUUGGAUUUUACUUUAAAUAAUGUUUGAAUGUUAAGUGAACUAGCUAUCCAUGAACUGAUGCUAACUAACCCUCAUGACAAAGUCUGCUUUAAAAAUCAAACUUAGAUAGCUAACUAUACAUUUUCACAAACCAACAACCAUAUUUUCCUGAAACUUGAAUGCGUUCGCACUCUGCUGAAUAGUUUACAUGGUUAAAUCAUAAAACUAAUAACGUACGCUUAUUAUCCAACAGGAUUGUUGCACCACAGCUUCCAGGAUCCAGUGGCCCCCAGCCACGAGCUCUGAGUGGUUGGGUGCUGUCCCAGGCCUGUGUACCUCCACAGACCUCUCGGUGUGGACCUCUCACAUCACAGGCAGAGGGGGCUGGGGUGUUUCAGCAACUCCCCUGGCACCACCAACAGAUCCGCACAGGGAAGCGGGGCACAGAGUAUCAGCCCAAGAAUAUAAAGCGGAAGAGGACCCACGGCUGGAUCAAGAGGAUCAGCACUCAGGGUGGCAUCGAGGUGAUUCUCCGUAGAAUGCUGAAAGGUCGAAAAUCCCUGUCACACUAAGCACCCAAUGGACAAACAUUUUUCGGUUAACUUAUUGACGUACCCAGGUUUUGCCACCACUGUUGAAGAAGAUGCCUAACAACUUCAAGACUUACUGGCCCAGUUUUGUGUAGAACUGGAUGUCAGUUAUUGGGUAUGUGAAGGCUGAUGUUUGUCCAUGUAAAUGGAUAUGUCUUUUACACACUUUGACAAAUGUUUUCCCAUCAUGUAUUUCAGCAACUAUCUCGCAGAAGCUAAGAAGUAGUGCAGAGCCUUGCUGUUACCAUCAGUGAAUUUGAAAUGGCAUAUGACCUUGUUAAGUCAUGCAGGAUGAAAGUUAUGAUAAAAUACCCAAAGUUGCACAUGUCAACAUACAGUGGUGGGGUUGAACUAGGUCCAGAAUUUGAAUAUUGUACUUUAAUAAAUAGGUGCUGGGCUAUAAACAUCUGCGCUAUUAAGUUACUGCGAAAAUAGAUACACCUUCUGACCUUCAUCAAUUUUAAAGCUAAUACACGUUUGUCAUUCAAGUCUUUGUCUUGCUCAAAUAAAAGCAGUCUGUGAGUUUCUGAAUAAAUAAAUACAC